UGAACGGGAAAAUCCACCGACACGCCGAGCAGGUUGCGGGGGAUGUUGCAGCGACGAACACUUUAAAGGCCCUGCAAUCCGGGAGUGCUGAUUGUGAGGAUCCCGCAGCACUUCCGUUCCUUAUGAGGAUCGCGCUGUUUCUCGUCUCGGAGGAUGGCAGGGACGUAGAUUGCGUCAGCGUCCUCUCACCCGAGCACAGCUCAGAUGAGCAUAGUGAUGCAUAUAUGUCUUUCUGGACACCCAUUGCUUCCGAUGAGGCGCUGUGUGCUUCCCAAAGACGACUUCUGCUGCGUUUCUUUGUAAAGACCGCUCCCAGGCAGCUGGUAGAUCUUUCGCGCGACAGGUACAAUCCACCAGCGGAGGUGACACGACGAAUAUUUGGAGAACUGUUGCGCGAUCGGCCAGAGAACCAGGUGGACGAUGCGAAGAUACCACCACGAUUUUUCGCCAAGGAAUCUUCUGUGAAGGAUUUGAGUUUACUCUUCAGGCAGGCCUUGCCGUUCGACGAGCUGCCGAAGGCGGUUCAAGGCUUUUUUAAUGUACUUGCAUCGGAUCUCGCUAGGAGUGUGGCAUGCCACUGUCUGACGGAAUGCCUGCACUCGGCACCGUUCGAGGCAUUGCGUUCUCUCGUUCAGGGUGAGGCGACAAAUACCAGGGCGGCACCUUCCCUCACCGGCUUUGAAUAUGACAAUAAAAAUGAGGGCAAAAACAGCAACGAUGAUGAUGAUGAUGAUGAUUUGGACCGAGAAGAAGGUUAUUUGCGUGAGUUGGCACAAGAAUCGCAGGAGGUUCUGAAUGCCGUCCCAAAAAUUUCCGGCCUUGCGGAACUGUUGGCUUUCGCCGUGUCACCUGCCCUACUUAGUGCUCCCUGCUUUGAGGCUGAUUCAUUUACCGUGGAGUUUACGCAGCAGUUCUCGAGUAGUUGUGCUGUUAGUCCUGCGUUGGCUCUUUCGCAUGUCUUCCAGCGUUGCCUGGCGGAUGAUUUAGUCUGUGUUUUUCAAGCCGCUGCCUCCGGUUUUCUUUUUGUGCCGAAUAAGAAACACUUUGCGCUACGGUGGAUUUUUAUUUGCGUGACGGCCGACGCACGUGACGAUGCUCAACGGGUGUGUCUUUUGUUUAGCGAGCACGAGGGAGACUUUGGUGUGUGCCGACAACUCUGCGAAAAUCUUCGUCGACUGAUCGAGGCGAAAAUAAGGGAGGUCUGUCAGUUGCACCUUUUAAAGCAGUUGCGGGAUACUCAGAACGCUCAGAAUGAAUGGAUGCCGCGCAACUGGGGAGACCAAUUCUCUUCUCCACCAUCCAUUGCCAGUGGAAAUCAAGAAUCCACAGUGUCACUACCAGCUGCAUUUUACUGUCGGGGAUCGACUGUUCUGAAGCUGCCCAUCUACUAUAAAUUGCAGCAUCAGUGCAAGAAGAUACUUUCACGCAUUACGAGUAAUUGCUCCAGGCUCGAGCUCAUCAAUAUUUACAACCGGGAGCAAUGCUUUGUGGUGGCGGAUGACGUUCAGACGGACGUGUUUCACUUCAUCCGCCUCGUAUUUGUGAGGGACACUGCGCAUCUACCCUCAUUAACAGUCCCAUCACCUUCACUUUCCCCCGCCACCCGCUGCCCUCUGAUGGUGGUACAGUUGUUUGGCUCCACCAAAAAUGCGCUCGUGAAGCGUCCUCUCCGCAAGCUGCAGGAUUAUUGCUUUUUUUUGGCGAUACAAGAACUCCAGGGACACCUGAACUAUGUGCAGCACAAACUGAUAUCCAGAGUGGACCUUAUUUUUCUGCAGUGUCGCCGUCGUGAUCCUGUCAUUGUGGACCUGGUGCAAUUUGUGGGGGGUGAGCCAGUGCAGCCGUUGGAUGUCCGGCUCGCUUUUGCCUUGGUCGCUUUGGGUCUCAAGGAGAACAAGUUCAAGUCGUUUCACGUUCAGGAUGGUGGAAGCGCUGCCAUGAGCAACUUUGCGGAAUAUUAUGGGCUUCUGGAGGAAGAGGGAGGCGACGGGGGAGGAACCGGUGGAAGCAGUCCGCGUGUCUCUUCUCCCCGGGAGAUGGAGACGCAUGGAACAGAAAUAACACCACUCCUGCCAACGACAAUUAUACGCUUUGUGAAGGUGAUGGAAGGUGCGACAGACAUGCUUGUCUCUUGCAAUCUUCGUGUGACCGACGGAUCGCAGCUUGUGGUCGAACGCUUUCUAACAAAAAUGCCGGAAGAACGGUAUACGCCAGGUGGAUCCGAGACGAAAUAUCUCGGGCAGAUUGAAGACGUUGUGAGAGAUGCGGUGCUGCAGUGGCGGUUUUUUGCCUUCUCGAAGCGUUUUUAUGUCCUGCCUUCUUGCCAGUUUUUUUCUGCUGUGGAGGAGUUGAUGGCAUAUGGCGCGGGCGUGACAUCGACGGAAUCAUCCACGCUUCGCUUUAGAAA